UUUUAAUCCACUUCGUCUCAUUAAAAGUCUCAUUGUCUCUCAGCCAUCCGAUUCUUCUCUCCCCAUUCUCGUCAAACCUCACCAGAAUCUCCGGGACUGUCGAAGCGACCAGAUCCCUAAACCCUAAAUCUGACCGAUGGGAAGUGAAGAAGCCAAGGAUCCAUGGAAAGGAGAAGAGUGGGGGAGUGAGAAUCAGAAGAAGAAUAAGCCAAGCGCGGGGGCUAAAAUGGCGACUAGAGCGAGAAAACAAAUUCCGAGGGGACUUGAGGAGAAAUAUGAAGCUUACUUCCUUCCUAGGAAGCCAUGGCCUUCUGCUCUUGCCUUCUAUGGAAGUUUUAUCCUUGGUGGGAUUGGUGCUGGUAUGCUUCUAGAGGCUUGGAUCAACAAGAAAGUCAAAGAGGAUGGAGGAGUGAUAUGGGAGUUUGACAAGUGAAGCUAUAGAUAUGGAAACUAGUGCAGUUGGGGAAGAUGGAGUCGAGUGAAGCUACCAAUUCCACUACAAGUAGACCAGUAAUAGAAUCACUCUUCGAAACUUAGAUUCGUCAAUGUAAAAAUGGAAAAUACGUCCAAAAGAACCGAAAAAAUCCAAGCUAUAGAAGAGUUAUUCGAUCAAUGUGACAUUUAACAAAUUUUCUAUGUUUUAUAAAUCUUAUUUAAAGUUUUAACGUUAGCGACAUU